GCCCACUCGGCCGUGGCCGUGGAAGAGGCGCCGGAAGGCUGCGGGCGCGGGGCUCCGGGGCGGGGGCGGCGCGGACGGCGCGGGCGCGCGGGGCUGGGUCCCGGGGCGCUGCUGGGGCGGACUCCCCCGCGUCGAACUUGGUACGCGCCAGCGAGAGGCCAGGCCCAGCCCGGGCGGUACAAUAGGGUUGGACCGAGGCCGGGACUGGGCCGGCGCCGGGCAGGGAACGGGAUCGCGGCCGCAGCGGUGAGACCCUGGGCAACCGGCACCUCCGAGCCUCGCGGGCCACCUGCCUCGACCUUCCCCGGAGCGCCCCCGCCUCCGAGUUGUUGCUUGCCGGGCCGGGCGUGAUGCGCCGCGGGACCCCUGUCCUGGCCGCUGGCCGCCGCCGCCGCCGCCGCUGAGACCCCGAGACCCCCAGUGACGCCGCAGCCAUGGAGAGCUGCCCGCGUGCGGAGCUGGGGGCGGGCGCACCCCCAGUUGUGGUCGCCAGGACCCCCCCAGAGCCAAGACCUUCUCCAGAAGGUGACCCUUCCCCCCCACCACCACCGAUGUCAGCCGUGGUCCCUGACACUCCCCCGGACACCCCACCUGCCAUGAAGAAUGCCACUAGCUCUAAGCAGCUCCCACUGGAACCAGAGAGCCUCUCAGGGCAGGUCGGGCCUAGGCCAGCCCCCGUGCAGGAAGAGUCCCCUUCCUCUGAAGCAAAGAGCAGAGGACCCACCCCACCAGCCACGGACCCACGGGAUGCCAGACCUCCUCGAAGGAGCAGCCAGCCAUCUCCAACAGCAGUGCCAGCCUCUGACAGCCCUCCCACCAAGCAAGAGGUGAAGAAGGCAGGAGAGAGACACAAGCUGGCAAAGGAGCGGCGAGAAGAGCGGGCCAAGUACCUGGCGGCCAAGAAGGCAGUGUGGCUGGAGAAGGAGGAGAAGGCCAAGGCGCUGCGGGAGAAGCAGCUCCAGGAGCGCCGGCGCCGGCUGGAGGAGCAACGUCUUAAAGCUGAGCAACGUCGUGCAGCCCUGGAGGAACGGCAGCGGCAGAAGCUCGAGAAAAACAAGGAGCGCUAUGAAGCAGCCAUCCAACGGUCAGUGAAGAAGACGUGGGCUGAAAUCCGGCAGCAGCGCUGGUCCUGGGCAGGGGCCCUGCACCACAGCUCUCCAGGACAUAAGACCAGUGGGAGCAGGUGCUCCGUGUCGGCAGUUAACCUGCCCAAACACGUGGACUCUAUAAUCAACAAGCGGCUCUCAAAGUCCUCUGCCACGCUCUGGAACUCCCCCAGUAGAAAUCGCAGCCUGCAGCUGAGCGCAUGGGAGAGCAGCAUCGUGGAUCGUCUGAUGACGCCCACCCUCUCCUUCCUUGCUCGGAGUCGCAGCGCGGUCACACUGCCCCGCAACGGCCGGGACCAGGGUAGGGGCUGCGACCCUGGGAGAGGCCCUACGUGGGGCCGGGCAGGGGCCAGCCUGGCACGCGGGCCGCAACCCGACCGCACUCAUCCCUCUGCAGCCGUGCCGGUGUGCCCGCGCUCGGCCUCCGCCAGCCCUCUGACGCCGUGCAGCGCCCCCCGAAGCGUGCACCGCUGCGCCCCCGCCGGUGAGCGCGGGGAGCGCCGCAAGCCCAGCGCCGGGGGCAGCCCCGCUCCGGUGCGCCGCCGGCCGGAGGCCUCGCCGGUGCAGAAAAAGGAGAAGAAGGACAAGGAGCGGGAAAACGAGAAGGAGAAGAGUGCCCUAGCCCGGGAGCGCAGCCUCAAGAAGCGCCAGUCGCUGCCCGCCUCACCGCGCACCCGCCUCUCCGCCAGCGCCGCCUCAGAGCUCAGCCCCAAAUCCAAGGCCCGGCCAUCCUCUCCCUCCACAUCCUGGCACAGGCCUGCCUCCCCCUGCCCCAGCCCAGGGCCAGGCCACACUCUGCCUCCAAAGCCACCGUCCCCGCGAGGCACCACUGCAUCCCCCAAAGGGCGGGUUCGGAGGAAGGAGGAGGCAAAGGAGAGCCCCAGCGCCGCAGGGCCCGAGGACAAGAGCCAGAGCAAGUUCAGGGCCAGUGACGAGAAGGAGCCAGCAGCCCCAGCCUCACCGGCACCUUCUCCGGCGCCCUCGCCCACCCCAUCCCCGCCCCAGAAGGAGCAGCCCCCCGCGGAGACCCCUGCAGACGCUGCUGUCUUGACCUCACCCCCAGCCCCUGCUCCCCCGGUGACCCCUAGCAAACCAAUGGCCGGCACCACAGACCGAGAAGAAGCCACUCGGCUCCUGGCUGAGAAGCGGCGCCAGGCCCGGGAGCAGCGGGAGCGCGAGGAGCAGGAGCGGAGGCUGCAGGCAGAAAGAGACAAGCGAAUGCGAGAGGAGCAGCUGGCACGGGAGGCCGAGGCCCGGGCGGAGCGGGAGGCGGAGGCCCGGAGACGGGAGGAGCAGGAGGCACGAGAGAAGGCGCAGGCCGAGCAGGAGGAGCAGGAGCGGCUGCAGAAGCAGAAAGAGGAGGCCGAAGCUCGGUCGCGGGAAGAGGCGGAGCGGCAGCGUCUGGAGCGGGAAAAGCACUUCCAGCAGCAGGAGCAGGAGCGGCAAGAGCGCAGAAAGCGUCUGGAGGAGAUCAUGAAGAGGACUCGGAAGUCAGAAGUUUCUGAAACCAAGCAGAAGCAGGACAGCAAGGAGGCCAACGCCAACGGUCCCAGCCCAGAACCUGUGAAAGCUGUGGAGGCUCGGCCCCCAGGGCUGCAGAAGGAGGCUGUGCAGAAAGAGGAGCCCACCCCACAGGAGCCUCAGUGGAGUCUCCCAAGCAAGGAGUUGCCAGGGUCCCUGGUGAAUGGCCUGCAGCCUCUCCCAGCACACCAGGAGAAUGGCUUCUCCCCCAAGGGACCCUCUGGGGACAAGAGUCUGAGCCGAACACCAGAGGCACUCCUGCCCUUUGCAGAGGCAGAAGCCUUCCUCAAGAAAGCUGUGGUGCAGUCUCCGCAGGUCACAGAAGUCCUUUAAGAGGGUUUGCCUUGGAUCCGGGCACAGCUGUGAGGGCUCCUCUGCAUCACCUACCAGGAUGUCUGGAGGAGAAAAAGACAGAGCAAAGAUGGAAGUGGCCUGGGCCCCUGGGGGUGGGUCCUCUCUGUUGUUUUUAAUCUGCACCUUAUAGACUGAUGUCUCUUUGGCUGGAGCCAGAUCGGCCCCUCAGUGCAUUUGUGUGCUCGCACGCGCAGACAUCCCCUCUCCCCCAUACACACACAUACACUCACAGCCUCUCUGGCCUCUUCCCUUGGGGAGGGGCCACCUGUAGUAUUUGCCUUGGUUUGGUGGGGUACAGUGGAUGUGAAUACUGUAAAUAGCUUGUGCUCAGACUCCUCUGCGUGGAGAGGGUGGGUGCAGGAGGCAGACCCUCCCCGCAAAGCCCCCUGGGGAGAUCUUCCUCUCUCUAUUUAACUAUAACUGAGGGGGAUCCCAGGUCUGGGGAUGGGGGACACCUUGGGCCACAGGAUACUGGUUGCUUCAGGGGUACCCAUGCCCCCUGCCCUUGCCUGGAAUCAGUGUUACUGCAUCUGAUUAAAUGUCUCCAGAAAUAAAGUGAGAAUAAUUCUGCCAA